AUGUCGCAACAAAGCUUCCCCCCUACUCCAGGGUGUUUGGUCGGCACACUGAGGAGGUGGGACCCUCAAACAAAGAAGACAGAGAACCCGUUGGCCAUAUAUAGUCGCCAGGAGAUAUUCGUGGGCCGCAACGAAAAGAAAUGCCAGUAUGUUAUGAACGAUCCGUUGGUCUCGAAUAAGCACCUCUGCAUUUACACCGUCCUCUUCGAUCAAGAUAAUCCGGAAGAGAUUGCACCACUGGUAUACGUUCAAGAUAUCUCGAUGAAUGGUACAGAAUGGAACGGGUAUAGGAUGGCAAAUGCACAACGAAGCUUCCUCCUUAGCGACGGAGACAUCCUCAGAUUAUCCCCAAAGUCGUACAUUCAGUUCAGAGAGGUGGAUCCUCUCAGGGGCAAGUCUUUCUCCCUUUUACAAAAGAUAGAGAUGAAGGCCUUUGAGGAAGAAUACGUUAUCACAAACCGAAAGCUAGGGACAGGUGCUUUCGGACAGGUUCAUAUGGCAUAUAAGAAAGGCACUGGUGAACAAUUGGCGUGCAAGAUUGUCGACCUUCAAUCACUGAGAGACUCGCUGGUCAAGCGGACGAAAGCAAAACACUCCAAGGCUUGGGCAGAGAAAGAAUACGACUCAAAUGGUUUACGCCACUUGCAGAGGUAUAUUUCCCAAAAGUUGCAAGAGAGGUUUGACGUGUAUGAUCGCGAAGCCACGAUCCUCGAAAAGUUGUUGCAUCCAAAUAUCAUUGGCCUGGAAAGGGUUAUAAAGUCCAGCAGUACUAUCUACCUUUUUCAAGAACUUAUCACAGCUGGAGACUUGUUCUCAUACAUCCAGUACAAAGGUGGAAGGUUACCUGACAUUGAGGCAGCGGUUAUUGUGCGCCAAAUUACCAUAGCCGUGAAGUUUUUGCAUGACCGUAAUAUUGUACACAGAGAUAUAAAGCCAGAUAACAUUCUCAUGUCAUCCCGAGCAGACGGAUCUAGGGUCGUUCUCACUGAUUUCGGAUGCGCCAGAUUAGUACAACCAGCUUUUGGGCGUAUGUCAACAAUGGCUGGUACUCUGGAAUUUAGUGCACCGGAAGUUCUCGGAGGUGAUCAACAAGGCUACACUAAAGCUGUAGAUUUAUGGUCACUGGGUUGCGUCGCAGCCAUUUUGCUUACUGCCGAGGCCCCAUUUGACGAUGUGGGAAGCAAAUAUUUUGCUACAGGACCAGCUCAGGAGAAGGCCCUAGGGAGAUUACAAGCCAAACUUGAGAGGCAUAAAGUCGGUGAACGUGCAAAAGACUUCGUCCUUCGGCUGUUGGUCUUCGAUCCGGCAGCGCGGAUGGAUGUGAAUCAAGCACUGGAGCACAGCUGGUUCACCAACCCUUGCCAUAAAGAAGAGUUUGAAGCACUCUAUAGGAGGUCAAUUCGGGAUUGGAAACCA